UGCUUGAACGCAGAUGGCUGAAGCUGGCGCCCUGGCUCUGGAGGUAACGGGUUACUGACGGAGAGAGGCGCCACCCGGAGGCUCUAGCCUGACAAAUACUUGCUGACCUGGGCUCUGAGCCUGCAGCAGCAAGGGCUCUUCCCUCACGCAAAGCCUACAAAGUCCUGCAAGAGCUCACCCCAGCGUCUCUGCAACCUCACCUUGUACCACUCUUGCUCCAGACGCAAACUCACCUUGCACCACUCUAGCACUGUCUGAGUUCUACAUCUAACUUGUCUGAAUAUAUUCCAACCGCGUUGGUGCCACUCUGCCACCAUGUUCGAGGCGCGCCUGGUCCAGGGCUCCAUCCUGAAGAAGGUGUUGGAGGCACUCAAGGACCUUAUCAACGAGGCCUGCUGGGACAUCAGCUCGAGCGGCGUAAACCUGCAGAGCAUGGACUCGUCCCACGUCUCCUUGGUGCAGCUCACGCUGCGGUCCGAGGGCUUCGACACGUACCGCUGCGACCGCAACCUGGCCAUGGGCGUGAACCUCACCAGUAUGUCCAAAAUACUAAAAUGCGCGGGCAAUGAAGAUAUCAUUACACUAAGGGCUGAAGAUAAUGCGGAUACCUUGGCGCUAGUAUUUGAAGCACCAAACCAGGAGAAGGUUUCAGACUAUGAAAUGAAGUUGAUGGAUUUGGAUGUUGAACAACUUGGAAUUCCUGAACAAGAGUACAGCUGUGUAGUAAAGAUGCCUUCUGGUGAAUUUGCACGUAUAUGCCGAGAUCUCAGCCAUAUUGGAGAUGCUGUCGUAAUUUCCUGUGCAAAAGACGGAGUGAAAUUUUCUGCAAGUGGAGAACUUGGAAAUGGAAACAUUAAAUUGUCACAGACAAGUAAUGUCGAUAAAGAGGAGGAAGCCGUUACCAUAGAGAUGAAUGAACCAGUUCAAUUAACUUUUGCACUGAGGUACCUGAACUUCUUCACAAAAGCCACUCCACUCUCUUCAACAGUGACACUCAGUAUGUCUGCAGAUGUACCCCUUGUUGUAGAGUAUAAAAUUGCUGAUAUGGGACACUUAAAGUACUACUUGGCUCCCAAGAUCGAGGAUGAAGAAGGAUCUUAAUUAAGCAUUCUUAAAAUUCAAGAAAAUAAAACUAAGCUCUUUGAGAACUGCUUCUGAGAUGCCAGCAUAUACUGAAGUCUUUUCUGUCACCAAAUUUGUACCUCUAAGUACAUAUGUAGAUAUUGUUAUCUGUAAAUAACCUAUUUUUUUCUCUAUUCUCUGCAGUUUGUUUAAAGAUCUCUGCAAAGUCAGAUCCAGUCUAAUUAACCUAGAAGUAUUUUUGUCUCUUAAAAAUACUUGUGAUUUUUAUAAUACAAAAGGGUCUUGACUCUAAAUGCAGUUUUAAGAAUUGGUUUUGAAUUUAAAUAAAGUUACUUGAAUUUCAAACAUCA